AUGCUGGUCAUUAAUCCUGAAGGAUGGACGCCAAAAGACCGUGGCAGCCGACUAUAUCACCGAACUGUGAUGCUGACUAUGAAGGGUAAGGUCUUCUACCUGGACAAGCUGAAAGUUACAUGGUGCCCAAUUUUGACAAUUGACUCGGAGCCGGUGUUCCAAAAACCCCAUACCCUGAAGGUAUGCCAGGAGAAGUUUGAGUGCCUGAAGAAAAAGGCACAGUAG